UCAGAGGAGGAGCGUGCGGGGUGUGAGCUGAGAGCGCGCUGCACCCACAGCACUGCAGAGGAGAGGAAGCUUGGCUCGGGUUUCACAGACGCGCACACACGGCAAACCUGCAACACGUAGCGCGAGCAGAGGACAAGAGACGGACAGAAGAAGACUGGAGCAGGGACAUCACUGAUCGAUGAAGCUGCAGAAUGCGUCCAACCACGACUUUACUCUAGUUCCCCACGCAGCGCCACGCGCACAGAGCUAGUUAGGAGAGUCUGAAGAAGAGAGGGUCAUCUGCAGAAGUUUUACACCAACUCACAGUCACAGAAUUCCUGCCUGUGGCUCCUCACCUGAUGAUUACAGGAUUUUCUGUGUGGAUAAAAGUAAACAUUGGUUUCUGAGAUGGAAGAGGAACAGAGGGUCGCGGAUAAACCAGGUGUGGAGAGAAGGACCCGCGUGGAUCAGCAGAAAGUUUCAAAGCAGCCGGCGUGGAGAAACUGGAGAGAUGUGUCCGGCAUCACGGUUUGCUUUGCGGUGUCUUUUCUCUGUCUUGGAGUUUGCAUUUUCGUUCUUGCACGGACCUCGGAGAUGCAGUCCAGGAUAGUAAGUUUGGAGCAGCGGCAGCGGGACGCGCAACUCUCCGCGUGGAUGUUGUCUCAGGAGCAGGUGGAGCCCCUCAUGGGUCGACUGGACCAGAUCCUGGAGGAGAAGCUUGCAGCACGACUGCCCAGGUCACGGGAGGCGAGGGACGCUGCCCACGGCUGUUUGUGUCCUCCAGGACCUCCAGGUCCUCCUGGACGAGCAGGCUUUCCGGGUGACAAAGGAAGUAUGGGAAUUCCUGGAAGAAUGGGCUUAAAAGGACAAGCAGGGGAGAAGGGUGCACCAGGCGAGCCAGGUCUGUCUAUCAUUGGACCAAGAGGACCCCCUGGACAACCUGGCACCAGAGGGUUUCCAGGAUUUCCAGGUCCUAUUGGAUUGGAUGGCAAGCCUGGGCAGAAUGGAUUAAAGGGAGACAUGGGUCAGCGUGGUCCUAAAGGGGCUCCGGGAGAACCAGGACCCAAAGGAGAGAAGGGUGUUUGUGGAGACUACACACAUCGGGGCCUCUUUGUGCAGGAUCUCCCUCUGAAAACCCUGGCUGCCUUGCGUUCCAGUCAGGCUAUAACGUUGAAGCAGGGUGACCCUGGAGCGCAGGGACCACCAGGACCUCCAGGACCCCCUGGACCUCCAGGUAACCCAGGCCUUGAUGGAGCCACUGGCCCACCGGGUAAACCAGGAGAACCAGGAAAACCAGGAAAAGACCCGAGGCUUUUACCCGGACUGAAGGGUGAACCAGGUGUUCCUGGACAAAAGGGUGACCGAGGAGAUGUCGGCCCACCAGGUCCUGAAGGCCCACAGGGAGCUAAAGGAGACCAAGGAAUAAAGGGGGAGAAGGGAGAACCGAGUUCUGCAGCUCAGGGAAUCAAAGGUGAACCAGGUUCGCCAGGACUGCCAGGCCUAACGGGGCCCAAGGGUGACAAAGGUAACCAUGGAGAAAAGGGAGAAGGAGGCCCUGAAGGCCCAGCAGGUCCCAGAGGUCUUCCAGGGCCAACUGGGGAGCCAGGAAAAGCUGAAAUCCACAACAACGAAAAUGAUAUCCGCAACAUCCCCCUGAUGGGUCCCCCUGGAUUACCUGGACCUCCAGGGCCCCCUGGAGUGUCUGGUGCCAAGGGAGAAGUCGGUCUACCAGGACCUCCAGGACUGGAUGGAGAAAAGGGACCUAGAGGAAAGCCUGGAGAGCCUGGUCCUGCAGGCCUGGCCGGUCCUGAAGGUCCCAGAGGAGAGGGAGGUCUUAUGGGCUUACCAGGACCCAAGGGAGACAAGGGAGACAUGGGUCCAUCUGGAUCACCUGGUUUAGAUGGCCCUACUGGUGAAAAGGGGGCUACAGGGUCCCCUGGCCCUAUUGGAUUACCUGGCACAAUGGGUCCUAAAGGUGAACCUGGAGAUGGAGGAAGGUCAGAACUGAUCUAUGGUCCUCCAGGUCCCCCAGGUCCGGUUGGUCCUGCAGGUUCCCAAGGAUCUUCAGGGCCGAAGGGAGAGCCAGGGAUAGGCAUGAAGGGAGAGAAGGGAGCGUCGGGUCAGAAAGGCGACAAGGGAGACAGAGGCCAUCUUGGACUUCCUGGGGCUCAUGGGUUAGACGGCAGACCUGGUCCAGUGGGUGUGACGGGACUGCCAGGUGUGCCAGGACCAGCCGGACCAAAGGGAGAGAGAGGUGAAAAGGGAGAUGCAGGAUUACCAGGACCAACUGGGCCGCAAGGCAUUCCUGGUUUAGUAGGACCACAAGGACUCAAAGGAAAUCGGGGAGAGAGGGGCAAGAAAGGCAACAGGGGGGCCAAAGGGGAUAAGGGAGACCAAGGAGCACCCGGAUUAGAUGCCCCCUGUCCGUUGGGUGAUGAUGGCCUACCUGUACCAGGAUGUUGGAAUAAAGGUCAACAUCCUUUCCAGCUGGCCAAGAAGUAGUUCUAGCAAACAUAUCUCCAUCAAGUCAAAGAAUGCCAACUUGAAGAUAUCUGGAGACACCUUUGAGAUGAAACCUGAACCUGGAGUUGGCUUGUCAACAUUCUUCCAGGAGGCUGGACACAGGGCCAGUAGUGCUGAACUCUCUGGUAGCAACCAACAGAUCCACUUCAAAAAGACUGGAUAGCAGAGACCGUCGAUCAUCCUGUGGUCCCCGAGGACUCUCUGAGCAGGACAUCUAUCCCAGUCCCAUGGAGAUAAUGAACCUACUGAUGUGCUUUUUUAAGAAACCUAUUUAACUCAGUGAAAUGAAGGCAUGGCCACUUGCUAUUUGUCGUGUUUGAUGUGACAUAAUUUCUGUAACUGUGAUCAAUAAUUCAGAGCAGCUCACAGAGCAGAUAGAUGCCAGGAGUUUCCAUGUUAAACCAAAAAACAGCAAACAUGAUUCCUUCUUAUGAAAAUCUGACUCACUGCCUUUUAGAAAGGAUCCCUCCUGCAGCUACAACGUUCCCGUUGAAUGUUUGUGCUGUUCGGGGAAUCCUCUGAAACCAGCAUCACGCGUCGGCUCUGCUGACGUAUCUGCUUUCUUCUUUUCUUUCUUCUGUUUUUCCUUUUGUAUUGAGGUGUUAAAAGACACCGUGUUUCAGACGAUGUAUAUGUCUAAUAUAAGAAAAGGGAUUUUAUGUAUAGGAGGAAACUGUCUAUGUAAAUAGAGCACAUUGAUUAAACAUACUUUAAAUGCAGAAUAAGCCGAAAUAUUCUAAUGACAGUUGUUUGGUGCACUUACCAUUUAGAAAAAAAAAUAAUUUUCACAAUAUAACCUCCAUAAAUCCAGUCUGGAGCAGAAAAAAAGGUUAUGGUGUUUGUAAAUAGAAAAAAAAAGUUUUUAUUGAAGAAAGGCCAGCAAGUAGGCGUUUUCAGUUUUACUUACUACUUAUUUUAAUCAAACACAAAUAAAUCAGUGAAAACAAAUAGUGUUUUACAUGCAUACAAAUAAAUUUCCUGUUUCAUUAAAAAAUCAAAUGCACAAAGCAUUCCAUGCGUCAUAUUGACAGCUGCCAUGUCAACACAUCUGGGUCAAAAUACUCUCAUUUUAUUUCUUCUUUUCUUUUCCAUGCUUUGAGUUCAGCUGUUUGAAAGUAAAACAAGUAAACAUGUUUCAUCAUUUCUGAUUUCUUCUUUAUUUGAGACAAAAGUGUGAAGGAAAGUGGCCUGAAAAUGAAUUUAAAGUUCAGAGUGCUGCACCUUCAAAUGAAUGAACAGAAAUAUAAAUGAAUGCUAUCAAACAGAAAAUAUCACACUUUGUUUUUUUGUUUUUGAUAUUUUUUCUUGUUAAAAACUGUUUUGUCUCUUUUGAUUAAGCUUCUGUUCCAACUAACUUAUUUGCAUUUAAAUACCAUGUUUGUAUUUUUCUGUGUAAAGCUGCCUGCUGCUGCAGCGCUCUGAGCUCUCAGACAUCCUCUCAGCGUGGAUGUAAAUGCAGGUCUGGUUUGGUUUGUUUAAAAUUAGAACCAUGGAUCCUCUGCUGGAGGGACUCUGGGCGUCACACAGGUUUCAUUUGGAAACUCGUAACUCUUCCUCUUUAACACAGCAGAGGUUAGAUCAUCAUCAGCAUAUUAAAUAUAAUAAAGUUUAAACAAGUUUUUGGUUUUAUUUUCCAUAUAAAACAUCAUCGUAUCCCAGUGAAGCUGUUGUUUGACAUGCUCCAAAUGUUGGUUUAAACUACUCAACAUGGGGAUGGUGAGACAGAAUUAUGGGCAAAGAUGUAAAACUAGUUCAGGAAUCCAUCACCUUACAGGCACACUUGUUUGCAUAUAAGUUAUCUUGAUGCUCUGAGCUAACUGGUUCAUUUGGUGAUUCAUUUCAUUCAUUCAUCACUGACUUCAGUUGAUGGACAUUGGUUUAAUAUUUAACAAAAAGGGUGACAAACAUCAGUGGAAAUUAUAAAAACCGAUUUCCUUUUCACAUAUCAAAGAAAGUGUGGACAUUUUAAGCCCAUCACCAGCUGUUUUUGUAUGAUUGUUGCAUUAAAGGCAGUUACUGCAGCAUCUUGUCAUGUUGAGGGAGUGGGAUUCAAACUAAAGGCUUGUAUAUACAAAAUAAUCUGUACAGAAACACAGUUAGAUUUCUUUAUUUUGCUCAAAUUUGAAUUACUUGAUUUAUGAUUUUGGUUUUGUUAGAAAAUUCUGUAUUUGUCAGAUUACAAUAUCUGAAGAUGGAUACGAGGGCAUUAUACAGAAAUUGCAUGCUAUUAUUUAGCCUGUAUUUGGCAUUAUUUACAUGUUUUCCCAGCAAUGAUCGUGAAUGUUAGACAUACUGUCCAUUUGUCCUGCAAAGUCAGAGGAGAUCUGUCCGCUCUGUGACCUCUGUGCAGUUAACUGCAGAUGAAGAACUCAGUCUAGUCCGCUGAGUAACUUUCUGUUUGUUUAUGCUGUGUCAGAAUUGAAUGUUUCAACCUUCUUCAUGUGUCCAAAAUGAGAUAUUUUAAUUUAUUUUUUAUUGAAAUAAUGGCAGCUGACAGAUUCACUGUUCUGUCAAACGUAACCAAUUUGACUCGUAAUAAAGAAAAGCA